CGGCCGCGUCAUGCCAGGCGCUGCGCGGCGCUAAGUGCCCGGCACCGCCGCCCGCCUGCCCGGCCGCCCGCCCGCCCCAAGCCGCGCCCACUCCCCAGAGCCAGAGGGAUGGUGGUAGUCACGGGGCCGGAGCCAGACUGCCGUCGCCCGGACGGUGCCAUGUCCAGCUCCGACGCCGAGGACGACUUUCUGGAACCGGCCACCCCGACGGCCACGCAGGCGGCUCACGCGCUGCCCCUGCUGCCCCAGGAGUUUCCCGAGGUCGUGCCCCUUAACAUCGGAGGGGCCCACUUCACCACACGCCUGUCCACCCUGCGUCGCUACGAAGACACCAUGCUGGCGGCCAUGUUCAGCGGGCGGCAUUACAUCCCCACGGACUCCGAGGGCCGGUACUUCAUCGACCGAGAUGGCACACACUUUGGAGAUGUGCUUAACUUCCUGCGCUCGGGGGACCUGCCUCCCCGGGAACGGGUGCGGGCUGUGCACAAGGAGGCCCAGUACUAUGCCAUCGGGCCCCUGCUGGAGCAGCUCGAAAACAUGCAACCGCUGAAGGGUGAGAAGGUGCGCCAGGCGUUUCUGGGACUCAUGCCCUAUUACAAAGAUCAUCUGGAGCGGAUUGUGGAGAUUGCCCGGCUGCGGGCGGUACAGCGAAAGGCCCGCUUCGCCAAACUCAAGGUCUGUGUCUUCAAGGAGGAGAUGCCCAUCACCCCUUAUGAGUGCCCGUUGCUCAACUCGCUGCGCUUUGAGCGGAGUGAGAGUGACGGGCAGCUCUUUGAGCACCACUGCGAAGUGGAUGUGUCGUUCGGGCCCUGGGAGGCUGUGGCGGAUGUGUACGACCUGUUGCACUGCCUAGUCACAGACCUCUCGGCCCAGGGCCUCACUGUGGACCAUCAGUGCAUUGGGGUGUGCGACAAACACCUCGUCAACCACUACUACUGCAAGCGCCCCAUAUAUGAGUUUAAGAUCACAUGGUGGUGAGUAGCCUUGGGAGGCUGCAGAGUCCCUCCUGGUGACCCUGGGAUGGCGAUGCCUGGAGCGGUUGCCCACUGACCCGGAACCUGUCAAGGCAAGAACCUGUCGAGGAGCCCCGGGACGCGGCUCCAAGGGGACAGAGGAACAGCUCCGGCCAGCGUGGUCGCACUUCAGAUCCUGCCCAGGGCUCAUAGCCCACAGGAGGCUUGGGGCCUGCGCUCACCUGGCCUUCCCUUGAGGCUUGGAAGCUUUUAUCCGAGGCCAGGGGAGUGUGGGCAGGUCUUGGCCAGGAAGUCCAGAGCAAUCUCGUCACCUUCUUGAUCUUGUAAGAGACUUUCUGUCCUUUCUACAGCCACAAACUGAUGCACCUGUCAGCAUUCCCUCUGGUGGGACAAAUGUGCAACAUGAUUGGGGGGCAUGUCACCCCAGAAGCCCCCACCUCCCCGCCCCCCCACUGAAGCAUAAAGAGCAUGGGCCCAGUGCAGGCCCAUCCCCUUAACGUUAAUCCCCUGUGUUCGUUGUCUUAGGAUGUGGUCAGACUUCUUUUCCUUCUAGAACACAAUCUUCACCCUUCUGGAGACUUCAGCGUAGUUGCCAAAGCCAUGUACCAGAUUGGCCUUAGCAAACCACAAUGUUUACAGCCCUGCCUCAGGGCCUCAGCUUCUCCUCCCUUCCGUCCAGGUCCCUCGCUGGCAGUGUUAGCUGCUCCCAGGGCUGGGACACCAGUCCCAGCUCCCACGGACUCCUUUUCAAAGACUUCCCCCAAGUCCAGCAGGCAAGAUGCCCGGACCUUCUGUUCUCUUUGGAGAGGCACAGGGCGUCCCCAGGGCUACCGUCUCACGUGUCAGGAUCCAGUCUGUGGUGAGCUUCAUGGAAAGGAACCCUUCCCUGCCAUGUGAAGCUCAGGUGGGUUAACCCUGCAAACUUUGUCUUCAUGGAAGUCAGUGUGUCCCCAGGAAGUGAGGGCAAGACUGUCCCUAGGAAUACAGCAGCGAAGCUCUGUGUGCUUUACCUGCCCUGCCCCUCCACCCCACCCAUUUCGGAGAGAGAGAAAAUUGCACAGCGAUCCUUAGGUCAUUGCUGCUGUGUCUGCAGCCCGAGGCAGUUUGUCAGGCUAUGGGCCUGCGUGUAGAGAACCUGCUCGCAGCAAUCCUGGUGUUCCGUGCUGCAUUUAAGAACUGCCCUCUGUACUCGUGACUGAACUUGACUGCUCCCAAAGAGUUCUUGAAGGUGGUUUUUGUUUUUUGUUUUGUUUUGUUUUGCUUGUUUGUUUUUAUAUGUAAAGAACUUGAUAAAGAUAAUGUCAUUGGUCUCAAUUUUAUGGUUGGGCAAGAAGAGACUUAAUGCAGCCCUGUCCUUCUGAAGAUGACAAGGCCUGGCUGUGGGACCCUGGCUGGAGAGCAGUGGCCUCAUGGACCCCUGGAUGGAAAGAGAGAUUCCAGGACAUGGCCUGACCCCUCCGAUAGCAGCCUCAUGAGAGCAGGACAGAGGUGGAAACAGGUCCAAGAGGAAGGGGCUGUAGUACCUGUUCCAAGAGACAUGGUCUGUCUCCAGUUUUCUUGCAGAGUUGGAUGGUUUAUUUUCAGGAGCAGCAGUGUCCCUGCUCUGAUGUUAGCCCUCCAGUACAGCUCUUGGGUUUAUGUUGCUUUAAUUGGUGCCACCUGCUGCCUGACACGCGUUCCCAAGGCCUAGUGAGGCGAUUCAAGGGGAAUCCGAGGCAAGCAGAGAUAAUGAGGCCCAGUGCUUUCAGUAAUCUGGCCGUGGUCCCAUCUCCUUUCCAUCUCGCUGCAGGGUAGCACAGGGCUUGACGACCGAAUCUGUCCCUACAAGACAAAGAGAAACAUGUUUGCAAGUUUGCUUAAACACAGGCACCGGCUUGCUCUUGCUCUUGGCAUCAAGAGAUGCCGUGUUUCUCUGCUCCCCUGGGUUUUCCUUAUGGUGCUGUCUUCUCCGUGGUCGGGAGACAAGGGGCCAGGAGGGAGUCGGAGAGGGCAGCUGAGGACUGUCCCUAAGGAAGUAAAGGAACGCCCUCUAAGAGGAACCACCGCAGAAUGUCCUCUCGAGAGCCACUGUAUGAUGAGGAACCUCUGCAGAAUGGAAAUGGUAAGGUGGUUUGCGGUAAUGGUCUCCAAACAAAGAGGUCAUCCCUGCAUUCAUCAU